AUGACUACAACCAGCUGUCAUCCUCGUCUUGGUUACGAAUGUGCCAAAAUAAUGGCUGAUCAUUAUCCAGAGCGCCUUGGUUUAGCAAUCUGUGUUCAUCCAGGACCUGCAUUCAAAGUUGCUUGGCAAGCCAUUAAACCAUUCUUACCACAGACAACAGUAUCAAAAGUUUGCUUUAUUAGAAAAACGUGUAAUUGGUUAAUAACUGAAGUAAAACUCAAUAGAUCAAGACAGACAACAACCAAAUACCGACCAUUUUGGUUACCUCCAAAAGAUUCCGAUGAUAAACAUGAUCCCAGAGGUGAUUCGAUAUAUGUUCGUGAUUGGCUUGUACUGAAUCAUCCAACUCAACAUUUACCACAUCCAAAUAUUGUUGAUUAUAUGCUUGGAUGUUUAAAUUCACUUAAUUAUGAAAAUGCAUUAUGCUCUAAUCAUCUGGUUGAUAGUAAUUAUGACUUAACAGAAAAGGGAUUUGGUGAUUUUGAAGAACAUGAAAAUGAUGCUGAUGAGGAAGAACUUACUAAAAUGCUUGCUGCAGAAUUACCAAAAGAAUUUAUGAUUCCUGAAAAUGCAGAAAAGUUAACAUAA